AUGAAGCUGCUGAUUUUGUUGCUUGUGGCUCACAAUUUUGGGCUUGUUCCCAGCGACAGCAUGCGGGAGAACCACCAGUGUCUUUACACGUGCGGCUGCAUGAAAUACUACGGCGAUGCAAUCGAAAAAAGGAUGGAACUGAUGAGCUCAGGAAUUAUCACGAAAAACAGAGCCACGAGAGAACCAAAUUCGAGCUACGACGCUAUGUUCCAGUCUGAGAAGCUGGUGGAUUUUCUUGAGGCUGAAUUCACAGAAAUCAAGAAUAUUGUCAAAUUGGAGUUUGGAAAAUUAGAAGAGAGUUUGGAGACGACGUUAAACGGAGUCACAAAGGGAGUUCCUACAAUUCCUGACCAGAAGAGCUUCGAAAUCCGGCUACAAGAGCAUCACGAAGCAAUUGCAUCGGCAGUGAGCCAACAAGCGAGUCUGCUCAAUGAUUUGGUUUUGCUGACGAAGAAACAAUUUAAAGCAAUCUCCGCGGACCUGAUUGAAGUGCAGAAGAAACAGGACAGUUUCGAGGAAAUUGCGCAUAGAAGACUGAAAGAGGUCAACACUCUUUCCCACGCAGUCAGUGUUGGACACAAAUCAGUUUUUCUUCCGAGCGGAAAGAUAAUUGUCAUUCCUGCAGAAAUUUUACGAGCUACCUGGAGCGCAGGCAAAGAAUUUUGCGUGAAUUUGGGAAUGAAUUUGGUCACAGCAAAAAAUCAGAUGGAGCUUGAUGAGUUUCACGAUGCAGCUAAGAAAGUCAACGCCUCAACCUCCUUCUGGCUCUCAGCGUCGAACUUGGACGGCGGUGACGCAAAUUUCAAGUGGCAAGACGGCACUCCACUGCCCAUAAACAGCACUCUGUGGCUGACUACAAAGUUCGGGGGGAGCGUGGACCAACCUGACGACUACAAAAACGAGACUGAAGUUUGCGUCUAUUUGUUUACGUCGAAUAAGAAGAAAUUGAUCGACGGCGCUUGCCGAUUCACCAGUCUAGUCAUCUGCCAACUCUGAUAAAAUUCAGAUUUUAUUUAAUUAUUUUUAGAGUAAACUAAAUUUUGUUCAAUAUUCACCUUGGUUUUAUACCCUUUUGUUGCUGACCAAAGCAAUAAGUAAGUAAAAAUAUGUUAUUAACGCCUUUAACAAUAAAUAAAAAUUUUAGAGAA